AUGAAGGUGUGGAAAGGCAUAAAGCUAACUUCCUGGAGAAGCUCGUCGGAUCCAGCGCCUGGACCCUUCUCUUUCCAAAUGGAUCCAACCCCAGGCAAGACGGACUUUUUGCUCCUAUAUAAUAACAAUAUUAGUUAUUUGAACAGCGGAGAGUGGGUUGGUAACCAAUUCACCAACAUGCCAGAGAUGUCUAAUAAGGACUCUUCUAAAAUUCUUAAGACCGCCUUUGUAAAGAUUUCUCCCACAAGGAUGUACUUCACGUUUGAUCAAAUAUCAUUAUUUGAUAGUUUCACUCAGCGUGUAGUCCUCGACAAGUCUGGAGAUCUAGCAGCAUACAAUCGAAUUAGUGGUAGCAGCUGGAAUCUUAUCUGGUCUAUACCUCGAGACCUCUGCCUUGUUUAUAAUCUAUGCGGGGCUUACGGAGCGUGCAACAGUAACAAUCUUCAAUUCUGCAGCUGUCUCGAAGGCUUCAAACCAAGAGACAAUCGCGCCUGCUGCAUGCCUGGAAAAUUGCUCCUGCAAAGCCUUCGAUCACACUAA